AUGUCUCGCCGUCGAACAUCACAAAGCGAAAUGAAUGAAGCAGUCGCCUAUCCCUUUUCUAUGUCCGCUCCACAACCAUCCGCCCACCCUCCCCCUCCCUCUCGCGGUCCCAUCGAAGGCCCCAAUGGCCGUCGCCUCAUCCGCCGCGUCACAUGGCGCUCUUCAACAUACAAAAUCAUGGCCUCCCUCUGGGUUCUAGCUGUCCUCUAUAUCGUCUGGCUAGUCCGUGACCUCUUCUACCAACCCAUUCCCACCGAAAAGCCCAUCAAACCCUAA